CACAAUAAUGUUCAUUCAAGGAUCUUUUAGAGAUACAUUAACCCCUGCUUUGGCCUGUGUAAGAGAGAAGAUAAUAUCUGCCAGGCGGGGCAGGGAAAGAGUUAAUGGCAACUUCCCAGGCUCAUGGAAACAAAGUGUGAGCCGUCCAAGCAGUGAGUGACUGAAUGUCAUUAUAGAUAUACCCUUGCCGACUGGCUGAGUGGUCCAUUCCGGAAGUAAGGACAGUAGAAGUAUUAGUGGGAGAGUGUCAGCGCAUGGGGCAGUCCGGGCGGCAGCGUUGUCUAUGGUAACGUUGACGGGUAACUAGAUACUGCGCACAGGCACUGAUGAGUUUCCUGGGAGAGCCCCUCGUGAGAGAGGAGACUUGGAAGUUUCCAAACUAUUGCAGCUAACACGUUCCAGAGAGUAGGGAUUCCGCACGAGGAAGUAGCUGCCAGGCUCGGCCACUGUCACUAGCAGGAAGUCGUCCGUCGCACAACCCCCUCGUCUCCCCCUGUCCCCUCCCGCUGCCGCCAGUGAUGUUUAAAUGGGCCAAGUUGGGAGAAGCGGCGGAGAAGGCAAAUCUUGUUUGGUCAGAGAGUGUGUGAAGUGCAGUGUGUGACAUGUAGCAUGAAGGGAUCCCCCAGCAGCCCCUAAGCACCAGGGCACAUGUGCUAGAGAGAGGGGCAGGGGAAGCACUGCUCACGUGUAAUCAUUAUUGUUAUUAUUAUUAUCCUCCUCAUUAAUACUCGCAGACAAGCGGAAGCAGCAGCCUGGCAGCAGGUGGAUAAGGGGGAUCCAGAGGCACUAGCCCAAACUGCUUCCUUGGCCACAGGGUCAGCCAAGGGGCAUAAGAGAGGAGGGGAGAGGGGGCAUUGCGAGCCCAGGCGAGAGAAGCUUAGAGGGGCAUAAGGGCACAGGGAGGUGAGUAGGGGCCACUGGGCCCCACAGUGCACUUACAUCACUGGGGGGGGGCGGGUUGCUGGAGGUCGAUCGGGGAUCAAUAAGAAUUUCCAGAAGCAAACACACGAUGUCUCCGGCGGCUCAGCCCUCUCCAGCAUGUCAUGUCUCAGGCAGCUGCACAUCAGCAGCACAGGAGUUGCACAGCGACGAGCACUGAAGCCCGACACUCGCUGCUAGCAAAAGUCGCCGCUACCUAGAAAGCACAAAGUCGCUGCUGUAGCCCUCUGGGGGCAAUUCCAACAGACGGUGCCAUUCCCGCGGACUAGGGGGCAACACCAUGCCGGCUAUCAAGAAAGAGAGACCGGACCGAGAGGAGCUAGCCCUUGCAGCCUUCAACCAGCCCAUAGACUCCAUCCCGGGUUACCUCGCAGCUGCUAUCCCAGUAGUGACUCCGCACCCGCCAGCUUACGAGCACCUCUUCUCCCCCCACCGAGCCUACCUGGGCUUGCCCGAGCCCCACCACCACCCCCCGCUGCCCGAUGACAUGAUGCUCGAGAGGUUCUCCUCCAUCCCGGACUUCCAGCCGCUCUUUGAUCAGGGGGAGCCCUGCAUUGAGGUGGAGUGUGGGGAGAACAAGGCUCUGCUCUACAUCCAGAAGUUGUGCCAAGGCAGCAAAGGGCCCUCCAUCCGAUACCGAGGAGAGUGGCUCACCCCUAACGAGUUCCAGUUUGUCAGCGGCCGGGAGACAGCCAAGGACUGGAAGCGGAGCAUCAGGCACAAAGGGAAAAGUUUGAAGACUCUUAUGUCCAAAGGAAUCUUGCAGGUACAUCCUCCAAUCUGUGAUUGCCCUGGGUGUCGAAUAUCGUCUCCAGUGAACCGGGGUCGUCUAGCUGAGAAAAGGACCAUUCCUCUGCCACCCAGCAGGAUACCCAAACAGGAGCCUUGUUCAGUUUUCUCCAUAGGGGAGGAUAGUCCCAAGGGGAAUGGAGAACACCCGUCUGUGAAACUGGAAGAGGAUCUGCAUAUCAGUAUCAUGAAAAGAAGGAUACGGGCGCACUGGGACUUAAACAUCUCCUUCCAAGACAACUCUUGCAGCCGUGAAAGCGAUCUUUCCAGCAUCAUCACAAGCCUUCAUCAGAACCACCAGCUCGUAAUGCCAGAAAACCAGAGCAAAAGAAAUAGCAACCAGCUCAACUUCCCAUCAACAGAUGACUUUUUAGGCAAGAAACGAGAAUGCUCCCCCAACAGUAACAGCGAGUGCCCUCUUGAAAGCAAGAAAGCCAGAAGCGAGUCUCCGAAGGAAACCUCCCAGACUCCUCUGCUAGAGGAACGGUUGGCACAAAUGACUCCUGAAGAGCAUUACAGACGCAUGAUGUCAGCACUUAACGAGCAUGGAAGCUUUGAAGAGCAGCAGCAACGACUUUACCAACUGGCAAACACAAUGGCAGUGCCAACUCACAGUGAUCUGCUUCGGGCUCGACAAGAAGUUGCAGCUGCUGUGGUGAGAAAUCCAGCAGCUAUGGAAGCUCAUAUUCCAUCCUCCAGUAAUGCUUCGAGUCAGAGGCGGAAGCAGGGCCUUCCACAGCAUCGGGACACCCCCCACUUCACAGACAGGGAGAUGUCACACCCACCUCCCCUGCUGUCACCACAGAAUGCUCCACACAUUGCUUUGGGACCACACUUACGACCACCUUUCAUUGGUGUCCCCUCAGCUUUGUGCCAGAACCCAGGUUAUGGGUUUCUUCAACCAGCUCAAGCUGAAAUAUUUGCACGACAACAGGAGAUGUUAAGAAAACAAAAUCUGGCCAGACUUGAGAUGUCUGCAGAAAUUAUCCGUCAGAAGGAACUAGAGAAUCUACACCGCCAGAGGCUUUUGGCUGGAGAUCCUUUGACACUUCAUCCUGGGUUACCACCUGAUCACCCUGCUCUGAGGAAUGUGCAUGAACUCCCUGAGGGUCACCCUCUGAGAGAGGAGUUAUCCCGUAGGAAUGCAAUGUUGGUCCUCCGGCACAGCAAUACACCACUAUUAUCCCUUAACCAUCACGGUGUCUCAAGUGUGCCACCACCCAAAGAAUCUGGCAGUGGCAGGAGAUCAAGUCGUAAAUCAGUACAUCACCGAAAUGAACCACAGGUAAAUCAGGGAGAAGCCAAGGAACUCUUGGACCAGCACAAUCGAGAUGGGGCCUCUGAGGGAAAUGAUGAGGAGAUGAAGGAUUCAGAGAGCGAAGCAGAAGAAAAAGCAGAUAGCCUCAGAGCCGAUCGAGGUGCCUCCUCAUCUUCUCACGAACUGCAGGAAGGCAAAGACACUCUCAAAGGAUCAGAAUCUAUAAAGGAGUCUAAUGAUGCCCACACUCACCAAAACUUGCCCUGCGGCCCAUCGGAAUCCCCCACCCACCUUUUGGGACCAGGAAUCAACAAGGGUGAAAGCAAAUAUUUGCCAUCCAGCACAGUGCCACCAACUCAGCCACUUCCUUUUGGAUUUCCAUAUGCUGUCAAUCCUUAUUUUCAUACAGGUGCCAUGGGGGGACUGUUCCUGGAUGGGGAAGAAAGUGUUGUGCUGGAGGACCUCAGCAAAUGGACAGUAGAGGAUGUGUGCAGCUUUGUGGGCAGCCUGUCUGGCUGUGCUGAAUACACACAGGUAUUCCGGGAGCACAGUAUAGAUGGAGAAACGCUGCCUUUGCUGACUGAAGAACACUUACUGAACAACAUGGGACUGAAACUGGGCCCUGCAUUAAAGAUCAGAGCACAGGUCGCCAAGAGAAUUGGACGAGUCCUAUAUAUGGCCAGCUUUCCAGUGGCUUUUCCAUUGCAGCACCCGGGUUUGCGACCAGCAGAAAGAGACCUUGGGGGCAGCGAGAUCCGACCACCCUCUACUGGAAGUGCUGGUUCCCCAUAUGGCAGCACCCUUCUGCCCCCGAGCCGUAUCUCACCCAAGCAUGAGAAUGGAGGCACUACUUACCUAAAUGAACCUGCUAAAUCCCUCUCCUAACUCCAGCUAUGAAAUAACCAGAUUGGUAAAGCUCUGUUUUGCUGGAGCUUGGAGCACAAAGGGGACUUGGCUUUAGGGUACCCGGGGUCCCUUAUGCUGCUUGAAACACUGAGAUGUAACUUCUAGAGGACACAUAACUUGCUAUUGGUCUUGGCAAGCCUGAACAUCCCUAAAAACUCAGUGGGGGAGAGACAAAUAGAUAAAUAUAUGUAUGUAUGUAUGUAUAUAUAUUUUUAUUUCAAUUAAUAGCUUUGUAAAGAGAUUAAAGCUAAAUGGGGCAGGUGGGAAUUAAACUUAAAGUGAUAGCUAUACCUGGAUAAAUGGCAAAUGAGGCAGAGUCAACCAAGGGUGUAACAAUAAGAUCUCACCAUGAGGCACCGUGGGUUUUACUUAUGUGCAGUUAUAGUAAGUGAUCAUAUUCCCCUGCCCAGGUAUGUGUGAGUAGGGCAUGUAAAGCUUUUUAUAGUGUUUGGUGACUUCUUCAUCCCGAGAGCCAACAAUAAUCAGCCAGAAGUCAUUACAUUAGAUGUCUCUAUAUUAUGGUAAGGGGAUAAACCAAUUUCAAACCCAACUGAAGGUAGGCAGGCCUCUGAACCAAGGCUGGAUCCCAUGAAGCCUAUCUGAUGUCAGCAGAAGAUUUCAGAGAGAAUAAUAAGACAGUGGCCUUUUUCUCUGUAAAGGUGUAACAAGCAGUUGUCCCUGUAAUCUGUUUCCCAUCUAUGCAUCUCCAGCAACUUUCUAUGGUACCAAAGAAAAUAACACGCUGCCUUGUCCCCUUGGCAGCUGCCACAGAGGUAAAUUGGACUCUCUUUGGUUGGAGCUGUUUAAAGGGAUUUUAUUUCUUGUCAAUCUUUAUGCCCCACCCCGUGACAGAUAACAUCUAAUGAAUUCUGUAAUGGACCUUCCAAUGCCUUCUUGCUUUCCGUCUUUGCUUUGCCUGGUCAUAUUUGCAGAGGAGGUGAGGAUAUUUGGUUGAGGGACAGAGGUGGAGUCGCCAAGGUCAAGUUCGGCUCUGGACAAUUCAGUUAAUAUUGUGAUUCCUCGCUGGGGUUUGUCACGGAAAAGACAGGAGCCCGAGACGAGCAGUUCCCACCACAGACUCUGUUUUGAGCAAUAAGUGCUACUGUCACAAGCCCUGUGCUCUCCAUACUACUGUGAAUGAACUGAACUAAGAGCGGCGGCCGCCAUGGAAUAUCGCAAUCCCGUGCAACAGUUAGAUAUGGUACUUGCCCAUGUGUGUUUUCAGGGUUUGUUUACACGUUGCACGUCUCAUUUUCAGUUCACUGGAAGUCCCUCAACAGUGACAUUCAUUUCUACUGGGAGAAGAAAUCUAGAUCCACGGUACUAUUAGCAUUUCUUUAUAUUGUAAAAUAAUAAUAAUAAUCAGCCCUAAACAGAUCAUCAUUUAACGCUGCCCAGCAGCAUGUUUCAAUAAAAAAAAAGAGAGAGAAUC